AUGCUCAAGAGCUAUAGACUAACAUCUUGACUAACUGUCCAGAAGAAUUGUUUUAGGACAAAAACGGGCCUAAUGGCUUUAUAUCCGCUGUGGAGCUGCUACUAUGUUCUGCCUACCAGGCAUAUAAAUACCUGUCUGGUAGCCGGCAAAAGAACUAUAGACUUCAGCACACUCCAGCACACUUCCACAUCGUUCAAUUAACAAGAGGUUCAUCUUUCACACUCGGUUAAAUCAACCAAAUAUCACUAUGCGCGUUUUCGUUACCGGUGCCGCAGGUUUUAUCGGCCAAGCGAUUGUGGACGACCUCCUCGAGGCCGGCCACACCGUCGUCGGCCUUGCCCGUUCCGAAUCUUCAGCCAAAUGGCUACAAAGUAAAGGCGUCGAUGUGAUCAAUGGGUCGAUCGAAGACACCGAAAUCCUCAAGCGUGGCGCAUCCGAAUCAGAUGGCGUUAUCCACCUUGCCUUCGACCAUGACUUCACCAAAUUCGCAGAGAACGUCAGGGUCAAUAAUGAAGCUGUCCUCGCUCUCGGUGCUGCCCUUGCCGGAUCCAAUCGUCCGCUGGUGAUAGCUUCCGGCACAGUGAUGCUUCAGAGCUGUCCGAUUGCCACGGAAGAUUCAGGUGCGGACUUGAGCAACCCGAUCAAUAUCCGCGCCGCUACCGAAGAUGAGGUCUCGAAGCUUGCCAGCCAGGGCGUGCGCGGAUCUGCUGUUCGUCUCCCACCCACUGUCCACGGUGACGGUGACCACGGAUUUAUCUAUAUGAUUGGUCAGGUGGCGCGCGCAAAGGGCCAAUCUGUCUUCGUUGGUGAUGGACACAACCGCUGGCCAGCUGUCCACCGCACCGACGCGGCUCGUCUGUUCCGCUUGGCCUUGGAAAAUGGUACUGCCGGCGCGAGAUACCAUGCUGUUGGUGAAGAGGGAGUUGCGAUGAAAGAUAUCGCCGGAGCUCUUGGGCAAGCGUUGGGGGUUCCGACGGUCUCUAAAACACGCGAGGAGGCUUCUAAGCAUUUCGAUGGUUUCAUGGCCAAUGUUGUUAGCAUAGAUAACCCGUCCUCGAGCAAGAAGACCCAGGAGCAGCUCGGAUGGACGCCGUCGGGACGGACUCUUCUCGAGGACAUCAAGGCGGGAGUGUAUACCAAUUGAGCAUUGUGGUGAAGCUAGUGCGAUAGUUUCAAGUUUUACCUUUUAUUAUUAUUAGUUAAUUGAAGUGGAAAUACA